CGUGUUUUCGCACUCCUGAUAUCGAGCGCUUUAGAUCCAGUGAUCCUUAUCUUUGUUUCCUUAUUCCCGAUCAUUUAGGGGUGAUCGAGUGCAUGCGGAGACAACGAGGCAGGAAAUGCUGAGCAUUCCUUCCUGUGCUCUUUCUCCUACCGUGACAGCUUUGUCGAUCCUUUUCAGCUGCAUAUACGAAGGGGGGACAUAAUCUCCUCUGGCUACUAAACAUCCUUUUGGAACUCAAAUAAUUUCCAGCACUUGAAAUAAACAUGCCACGACAGUCGAUCAAGAAGGUCGAUGCUGCCUCGAAGGAACCACCCAUUUGUAUCAUAUGCAGAGAUCCUAUAGAUGGAGCUGCAAUACCAGUUCCAUGCGGGCACGUCUUCGACCUUGCUUGCAUCACCCACCUCUUCCAGUCCUCAGUCCGUGACGACGCCUUGUAUCCACCACGAUGCUGUCACAGAAACAUACCCUUCACAAAAGUACGACGCUACGUCAGUCAAGCUUUAAUUGCAGACUUCCGGCUCAAAGGCCGAGAAAAGAAAACGAUGCACCGGGUGUAUUGCUCGUCGCCAUCUUGCAAUCGCUUUCUUGGUGCACUCCACCAAAAGUCGUCACGAAAAGUGUACGAUUGCCUAGCCCCGAGUUGUUCCACCCGUACGUGUGGAAAAUGCCGUACCAAGUAUGAAGGGGUUGGGAAUCACAACUGUGUUAUUGACGCAGCGACGCAACAAGUCCUUGAUAUCGCUCAAGCAUCAGGUUGGGCAAGAUGCCCAGGGUGCUCCCAUUUGAUAGAGAAGAUCGCUGGCUGUAAUCAUAUGGUUUGUCGUUGUGGAACAACGUUCGAUUAUUCCUGCAAGUAAUAGUACCAGUGACCGAAUUCACUCUCUCACUUGGAUUUACACAUCUAUGCGCUUCCCAACAUCUUUCCGGGGCUCGAAGGAUGAGGGACUUCCAAUUAUGUAUUAUGCAAUAGAGUUGC